GCUCAGGUUGAAAAUCCUUCCAGUAUUGCGCGAUCGUGUGAUGCGUCCACGUGUCAUUGCUCUCUUAAGAUUCAUUAACCGGUCCAAACCCACAAAAUUCAAGUGACUAAUACGCUUACAGUAAAGACAAUAAUUUAUAAUAAUUCUCGGACACUAAAUCAAUAACGAUUAUAAAUUAACAAAAAAAGAAGCGACGAUGAAUUCAUUCAUCGUUUGAACAUUUAAGAGAACCCGCUCCAAUGCUCACUCACUCCAAGGAUUUUGGUGUGAUGUCAAAUGACAAUGGGAUGCCACACUUUUCGAGACCGAAUGAGACGCACUUGACAGUAUUGACGAGGACUAUUGGAAUAUUGACAGCGAUCGUCGUGUGCGGAGUCGGUGCUGAUGUUGCAUUCCACGGACAUGUCAUCGGGAUUUACGUGACAGCUGCCUCAGGCCUGAUAUUCUUCCUCGAGAUCACGUGGGUCAUCACGCUUUUCGUACAGAUUUGUCUGAGGAACGACGAGUCCUAUUGUUCACGUUGCUGGUUGGGCGUUCUGAUGAUAACGAGAGGCUGGAGAAGAGCAUUGUUUUACUUUCCUCUGGCUUGUAUUUUGGCAUGGAAACCGCACAAGCUGUGGCUAUGCUUCGUGGCUGCUGGACUUUUGGCAGUCUUGUCAUUAUUACACAUCGCCUCUAGUGCUCUUGGAAAAAGAGGUUCCUGCAACGGUGUCACGGUUGAUUCGGUGGGAGAGAGCUUACUGAAUUCGAGGCCGGAAAGUUACGAUCGUUUCGAAGAGGUUUUGGUGACCGAAGUUUUGGACGAUGGAUUGUCCGGACCAGCGGGACGUAUUGGGGACAGUGACGUGGAAAUGUGACAAGAGCGUCAGCCCUCGUGGGCAAGUGAAACGGACGAAGACAGCGAGCCUGAGCAAAGGACGUGUCAGAUAGCGACAUUAUCCUAGCCUUUUCUGUGCAGCGACGACAUCAUUAACGAUUCGUUGCUGCAGCCGAUGCCCUUUGUGCAACCAGAAAAUUGCCAGGAGCAAGAUUUCCUCAGGCAUUGAUGAGAGGAAAAAGGUUUGAGAGGGUAGGAACGAAAAAAACGUUCGAUCCAGUCUGAAGACUCUUCGCGAGGUCUGUCCCGUGGAUAACUCGUCGAAUUCCAGGCUUCUUCGGUUUUACACUCGGGAUGACCCGAGUAUAAUAUUCGUGGUUACACGAAAUAAAAAAACCUUGGAUCGCGACAAAGUUAUUUAAUGCAAUUUGAUAAUUACAUUCAUUAAAAUUGCAAAAUUUUCAGCUAAUCCGCAAGUGAAUCGAAGGAAUCAUUCAAAUUCUAAAUCGCCGAUUGCAGUGACAAAAUUCUCAGUAGAAUUCGGUGGAUUAAAUAAAAAUGAAAUUGGAAUAUCGCCAAAAAUGGGAUUUUCUCAAUUUAUCUUGCACGGAUUUUUUUCCAUUGAACUAUCCCAACAGUGUUUUGAGUGCAACGGUUUCAAGAGUAAAAAUCAAAUUUUUUGAGGAUAAUGUUUCGUACAAAUCCAAAUUUUGUCGUCCACAAAGAGUUUCUUCCGUUUUCAUAAAAGUCAAUUUGUUACGAUAAUUAUUUCAAAUCCCUUAAAGUUAAGAGAAGAGAAAGAGGCCGAGGACCGAGGAUUGAAAGUCGAGGUGAAAUGACACGUGAGUCGAGCCGCCAUAAGUGCCAAAAAAGUUGUUUCAGCAGUUCCAGGUAUUUGCACGAUGGAUUUUCGAAUAUCCAUUUUCCCUUCGGUACCAAGACGAACAAAGCAUUUCUUAUUGUUACCUUGAAAAGUAUCCUGUCUACAGGAAAAAUUUGGACGAAGAAUUUUGACCAAUCGUCGUCAUUUCACCUCAAUCGAAUGAAUGAGAAUCGAAUGAAAGAAUCGUUCGAACUCUGAUGUAUAAUCGCUGCACUCCGAGCUCGUCGAAUCGAAGAUUAUAUUUAUUAAUAACGAAUACAAUUUUAUACGUAACAUUGUGGCUAUAUAUGCAUGUGUAUGCAUAUAUAUUCGUAUGUAUAUAUAUAAGUUUAUAUAUGUAUAAUACCGAAUUUAAAUAUAUAUUACGAUUGUAUAAUGGUAAAACCCGCUAUCAAAGAUCUAUCACGCUAAAGUUAUUAAUAAAUUAUUAUCAUGUUGUUGUACACGUGUUGCAGUUGAUAAUAAAACUUGGUUAAAAUACAA